CCCGUGCACAGCAAGCGAAAGCGAAGCAAAGCCCUCCACCACGAACGAAAUCUAAGCGACUUGCCUUCCUUUCCCGAGAGACUGCUCUCCGCGGCCAAACCCACCACGACCUCCCUCCCCGUUGUCUCUCCGAUCCGAUCCGAUCCGAUCCAAACCCCCAUGGAUUUCUUCAAGUCCAUCCUCGCCGAGCCCGAUCCGGACCCGGCCUCCCCGCCGCCGGAGCAGGAGCCCGAGCCCGCGCCCACCGCUCCCGCUGGCGGCGGCGGCGGGUGGGGCUUCGGCGGGCUCCUCAAGACGCUCACCUCGCAGUCCGAGACCGUGCUCGAGGCCUACCGCCGCGACCUCGCCGAGUUCAGCACCGGCCUGCGCCGCGAGACCGAGGUGCUCCGCGACGCCGCCGCCCGCGCCGCGCGGGACCUGCCGUCCUCCGCGCACGCGCUCGACGGGCUCGCGGACAUCGUCGCGCAGGGCAAGGACGCGCUCUCACAGGUCGCCGCCGCUGCGGCCGCUCCGGUCUCCGCGCACUCCGACGGCGGUGAGUGGGAGCAAAGCUCCGCCUCCGGGGCCCACGUCCGGUACAGCCGCUUCGAGGCGCAGCUGCGGGCGCUCCAGGCGGAUCCGACCACCUUCACCGCCGAUCCCGAGGAUGCUGAGGACUUCGCGGCUUGGAGUAAGGGGUUUAAUUUGGAUGAGAGGAAGGACGAGAUCGAGGCCCUGUGCUACGAUAGUGACGCGCUGGAAGCCAUGGUGGACAGGCUAGUGCCGGGCACCGUGGAGAGCGAGGUGUUCUGGUCGAGGUACUUCUACCGUGUCCAUAAGCUGAAGCAGCAGGAGGACGCGAGGGCGAAGCUUGUGCAGCGUGUGAUCGCUCAGGAGGAAGAUGAGGAUUUGAGCUGGGAAGUGGAUGAUGAGGAUGAGGAGGAAGAGCAGCAGAAAGAGGAUGCAAAAGAGCUAGCAGCAAGGCAAGAGCCAAUCAAAGAAGAAGUCAAGCAUGAAGUGGAAGUGAAGGAAAACGAGAGAGUGGUGGAAGAACGGAAGGUUGAGGCAGUGGAAGAACCGGCUGCUUUGGAGGAACAGAAGAAUGCUGAUGAGCCCCAACCAGUGGUUUUAGGUAGCUCUUUGGUAGUAGUGGAUGAGGAGGAGCAGAAGAAUGCUGAUGAGCCACAACCAGUGGUUUUUGGUAGCUCUUUGGUUGUAGUGGAUGAGGAAGAGAAGGAAGGGCACUCCAAGUCGAGUGUUGAAGAAUCAGGUGACAAGAAAGAAGCGGUGAAGCAUGAGACCAGUGAUUCAAGCAAGGAUAGUGAUUACUCCAUAGUGUCUAGACAGCGAACAAUGGAGGAAGAGGAUCUUGAAUGGGAUGAGAUCGAAGAUCUUGGAGAGCAUGAAGAAAAGAAGGGCAGCACCCAUGACUCAAGCCCUGCUCUGAAGGAGGAGCUGCGAAAGAGGCUGAGUGUGGCUGAAGAUGACGAAGAUUUGAGCUGGGAUAUCGAGGAUGACGAUGAUAAGUCUUGAAUACCCAUGCAUGCUGGUAUGGAGGUGCCAAUUGCAUUUCAACAUUUACCUUUCAUUACUCACGAGGAUACAGUUAUUCAGCCAAUAAAUAUUGGUUAAUUAUGCUGCUUAUGCAAUGAAUACACGUGUAAACUGUAAACUCUCAAGUUUGAUGAUAUCAAGUGGCAAUUGGUUAAGCGUCAAUCUACUCUGUUGUCUUUGGGGUGUUGUAAAUAUGUUGUAUUUAUUUGACUUGUGUGUUAUACUGUGGGUACAUUGUCCGUGCCAGAAUUUCGAGCAGGCUUUGGACAAUUUCUUUCAGAAAGACUACCAGUUAUGUUCA